UGUAUGUCUGUGUGUCUGAGGGAGAGAGAGCGAGAGUGACUUGAGUGUGAGUGCGGGGUAGGGUGGUGGCCGUUACGUUCGGGGCAACGGCUACGGCUACGGCGGUGGAGAAGUAAGAGAAACAACGUCCGGCGCUUCCGCCUUCGCUUAGGAGGAGGAGGAGCUGAUAGGGAAAGGAAAGUGAUUCGCCCUGGGCCUGGACUAGACCGAGUCGGGCCGGCUAGGGUCUGGGCUAUGAGCCUUUGAGGGUCGCUUGGGACGCGGAGCAAGACUCGAGAGCCAAGAGCUAUGUCUCAGCCGCCGCCGCCGCCGCCUCCGCUGCCGCCGCCACCUCCUCCCCCAGAGGCUCCUCCGACUCCGCCGUCCCUGGCGGCGGCGGCGGCGGCUGCUCCGGGGGGGCUCUCGAAGCGGAGAGACCGGAGAAUCCUCUCCGGGAGCUGCCCGGAUCCGAAGUGCCAGGCGCGUCUGUUCUUCCCGGCCUCCGGUUCUGUCAGCAUCGAGUGUACCGAGUGCGGACAGCGGCACGAGCAGCAACAGCUGCUGGGGGUGGAGGAGGUGACCGACCCGGACGUAGUGCUGCACAACCUGCUGCGGAAUGCGCUGCUCGGGGUGACAGGGGCACCCAAGAAGAACACGGAACUGGUAAAGGUGAUGGGCCUUUCUAACUACCACUGCAAAUUGCUGUCGCCCAUAUUAGCUCGCUACGGAAUGGACAAACAGACAGGCCGGGCUAAGCUUCUCCGGGACAUGAACCAGGGCGAACUGUUCGAUUGCGCUUUACUGGGUGACCGCGCCUUCCUCAUCGAACCAGAGCAUGUUAACACGGUGGGCUAUGGCAAGGACCGCUCCGGAAGCCUCCUGUAUUUGCAUGACACUCUUGAGGACAUCAAGCGGGCCAAUAAAAGUCAGGAAUGCCUCAUUCCAGUGCAUGUGGACGGGGAUGGACACUGCCUGGUUCAUGCUGUGUCCCGGGCUUUAGUGGGCCGGGAGCUCUUCUGGCACGCCUUGAGAGAGAAUCUUAAACAGCACUUUCAGCAGCACCUGGCCCGAUAUCAAGCUCUGUUCCAUGACUUCAUUGAUGCCGCUGAGUGGGAGGACAUUAUCAAUGAGUGUGACCCUCUGUUUGUACCACCUGAGGGUGUUCCUUUGGGUCUGAGGAACAUCCAUAUAUUUGGCCUUGCCAAUGUGUUACAUCGCCCUAUUAUUCUGUUAGAUUCACUCAGUGGCAUGAGAAGCUCUGGUGAUUAUUCAGCUACCUUUCUGCCAGGGCUCAUCCCUGCAGAGAAGUGCACUGGGAGAGAUGGUCAUUUGAACAAACCAAUCUGUAUUGCAUGGAGUAGCUCUGGUAGAAACCAUUAUAUCCCCUUGGUAGGCAUAAAAGGGGCUGCUUUGCCCAAACUGCCUAUGAAUUUACUUCCUAAAGCAUGGGGUGUGCCUCAGGACCUUAUUAAGAAGUACAUCAAACUUGAGGAGGAUGGUGGUUGUGUCAUUGGAGGAGACAGAAGUUUGCAGGAUAAAUACUUACUUAGGCUUGUUGCUGCUAUGGAAGAAGUUUUUAUGGACAAACACGGUAUCCAUCCUAGUUUGGUGGCUGAUGUCCACCAGUAUUUCUACAGGAGGACUGGGGUGAUAGGAGUUCAGCCUGAAGAAGUCACAGCAGCUGCUAAAAAAGCAGUAAUGGAUAAUCGCCUUCACAAAUGUUUGCUCUGUGGUGCCCUUUCUGAACUUCAUGUUCCUCCAGAGUGGUUGGCUCCAGGAGGGAAACUGUAUAACCUGGCAAAAAGUACUCAUGGACAGCUGAGGCCUGACAAAAAUUAUAGCUUUCCCUUGAACAAUUUGGUUUGCUCAUAUGAUUCAGUGAAAGAUGUUCUGGUACCAGACUAUGGAUUGAGUAACCUAACAGCUUGUAAUUGGUGCCAUGGCACAUCUGUGCGAAGAGUCAGAGGAGAUGGGUCUAUUGUGUAUUUGGAUGGGGACAGAACUAAUUCUAGGUCCACUGGUGGCAAAUGUGGUUGUGGAUUCAAACAUUUUUGGGACGGUAAAGAGUAUGACAAUCUACCAGAAGCUUUUCCUAUUACUUUGGAAUGGGGUGGAAGAGUGGUCAGAGAAACAGUAUAUUGGUUCCAGUAUGAAAGUGAUGCAUCUUUGAAUAGUAAUGUUUAUGAUGUUGCAAUGAAACUUGUUACCAAGCACUUUCCAGGUGAAUUUGGGAGUGAAAUUCUCGUUCAGAAAGUUGUCCACACUAUAUUGCAUCAGACUGCCAAAAAGAAUCCUGAUGAUUAUACUCCUGUAAAUAUAGAUGGUGCACAUGCCCAGAGAGUUGGAGAUGUACAAGGACAAGAAUCAGAGUCUCAGCUCCCAACUAAAAUUAUUCUUACUGGACAGAAAACAAAAACUUUGCACAAGGAGGAGUUAAACAUGAGUAAAACGGAAAGAACUAUUCAACAGAAUAUUACGGAACAGGCUUCUGUAAUGCAGAAACGGAAAACAGAGAAGUUAAAACAAGAACAAAAAGGACAACCCAGGACUGUUUCCCCCAGUACCAUUCGUGAUGGUCCAUCCUCUGCACCUGCCACCCCUACCAAGGCUCCCUACUCACCAACAACUUCUAAGGAGAAAAAGAUCCGUAUAACAACUAAUGAUGGACGACAGUCCAUGGUUACACUUAAGUCUUCAACAACCUUUUUUGAACUUCAGGAAAGCAUAGCCAGAGAAUUUAACAUUCCUCCAUAUUUACAGUGUAUUCGGUAUGGCUUUCCCCCUAAAGAGUUAAUGCCACCGCAGGCUGGAAUGGAAAAGGAGCCAGUUCCUUUACAGCAUGGUGACAGAAUUACAAUAGAAAUUCUAAAAAGUAAAGCUGAAGCGGGUCAGUCUGCUGCAGCCCACUCAGCCCACACUGUGAAACAAGAAGAGGGUGCUGUCACUGGUAAACUGUCAUCUAAGGAACUUCAGGAGCAAGCUGACAAAGAAAUGUACUCCUUGUGUCUUUUAGCAACGUUAAUGGGAGAAGAUGUAUGGUCUUAUGCAAAGGGGCUUCCUCACAUGUUCCAGCAGGGUGGUGUAUUCUACAACAUUAUGAAGAAAACCAUGGGUAUGGCUGAUGGCAAGCAUUGUACUUUUCCACAUCUGCCUGGCAAAACCUUUGUCUAUAAUGCUUCUGAAGAUAGACUGGAGUUGUGUGUGGAUGCUGCAGGACAUUUCCCCAUCGGUCCUGAUGUUGAAGAUUUAGUUAAAGAGGCUGUAAGUCAGGUUCGAGCAGAGGCUACUACAAGAAGUAGGGAAUCAAGUCCCUCACAUGGGUUAUUGAAACUAGGUAGUGGUGGAGUAGUGAAAAAGAAGUCCGAGCAGCUUCACAAUGUAACUGCCUUUCAGGGAAAAGGGCAUUCUCUAGGAACUGCCUCCAGUGCCCCACACCUUGAUCCAAGAGCUAGGGAAGCUCCAGUCGUAAGGAAGCAUACCCCAGGGACAGACUUCAGUAGUAGUUCCAUUAAAACAGAGCCUUCUGUAUUCACAGCUGCUCCUAGUAACAGUGAGCUUAUUCGAAUAGCUCCUGGGGUAGUUACAAUGAGAGACAGCAGGCAGCUUGAUCCGGAUGUGGUUGAGGCCCAGCGAAAAAAGUUGCAGGAAAUGGUUUCUUCUAUUCAGGCGUCAAUGGACAAGCACUUACGGGAUCAAAGUACAGAGCAGUCACCAUCUGAUCUUCCUCAAAGGAAAGUAGAAGUUAUGAGUUCUUCUGUGAAGUCUGGGGGUCUUCAGACUGGCUUACCCGAAUCUUUUUCUCUAACUAGUGGCACUGAAAAUUUGAGUACGGAAACAACUGAUAGCUCUGUGGCAGAGGCACUGGGAGCAACAUUUGCCACAAGGUCAAAAGCACAAAAGGGAAGUUCCGUGGAGGAGCCUGAAGAGAUGGAUAGUCAGGAUGCUGAGAUGACAAACACAACUGAGCCAAUGGAUCACUCUUGAUUUACUUAGAGGCUAAUAAAGGCAGGAUGUUUAUUGUGAAUAUGUAAUUUUUGUUGGCUGGGCCACAUAACUUGAUUAGUCAUUAAAAAUCUUGUACAUAUAUAAUUCAAAGAUUAUAUCUUGUUAUUCAGUGCAUGAUAGCAAGUGUGUGAUUGGCAAUAGCUUUUAAUAUACUGCUGCCCAGGCUGGCUCUGAAUUCCUAUAAAUUAGUUAUUAGAUCUGCUGAGAUGACUUUCUUCCAUAUAUGUGGUUCAUUGGAAGUUCUUUGUAAUUUUAAUUCCAUGAAAGUCUUAAUGUUUCAAAUAUGAAAAUUCUCUUGCUAAAUAUGUUUGAUUCCUGAAAAGACUACAACUGGGGGGAAAUAAGAUUUUGCUAAUGUUGAUGUCAUCAGGGUAACCAUUCCACAUAUUUAUUAGCGUGUCAAAGGAUUUAUGUAAAUUUGAAGGUUAUCUGAAUGAAACUGUAUCUUGAAAUUCAUAAAAGGAUAUAUUAGACACUGGGAUCCUGACAUUUCUGUGAACAUAAACACAUUUACAGAGGUAUGUAUUCUUGGUGAAAAUAUCUUGAGAAUGGAGUGUAAUGAUAUAACAUUUUGCUGAUUUGAGCAAAGUUAGGAGAAAAUAUCUAUUCUAGAAUGAUAAAGUCAAUGUGAUUCAGUAAUGUUGCUGUCCAAGCCAACACAGCCAAUUGUGUGCUCUGUUGUUAAUAAUAUUUUGAAUAUUAUUAUUUUGAAUCCUGGCCUAGUCAAGUACCACCAAAUUUUUGUUCUUUAAUCUUGCAGAAAAGUUGAUUGCAAAGUGUAGUAGAAAAUAAUAAAAAUAAUGGUAGCAGUACAGUAGUUAAUCUCUAAUUUUCAGAGUUUUGUCAGAUUCACAGAGAAUUUAUAAAUAAGAAUUUAUCUUUAUGAAUGAGUUACAUUGUUCUACGAUUUUGAUCAGUGGUAUUUAAGCUUGUAUAUGCUGAGUGUCUUUGAGCCCCUUUGAACCAAAAAAUCGUUUCCUUUUUUGUUAGAAUUUAUAAGAUUUUCUUCAUUUGUUGGCUUCACUUGGAUUUGGAUGCAAAUCUUACUGCAUCAUACCCUGGUCAACUGGGCAUUUGCUGAAAUAGUGUAUUCAUCAAAACUUUAGUGCCAGUUUCCUCAAGAAGCAGCUUUCGUGCUUAUUCCUUAAAGACAAAGAAUGCUUAUCUUGAGAUUGGUAUUGCACUAUUUUAUCCUAUUCUGCAAAUCUAUAUUCUGAAAUGUACACUUUAAUCCAUCUUUUCCCUCUGUUCACUGAAAUUAAGUGGAAUUUGAAUGGAUGAAAGACAAAAUGUAUGUUAAUACAGUCUCUUAUCUAGAGCAUUCAAAGCCUGGCUGUCUCUGUUUGCUUGUGUAACAGAUGCAGAACUGUUUGCCUUUUUAAGAAAAUGUACAUCAGAAAGUAUAUCACCAGGUAUUUAAAAAUCUUAACCUGUUGAUUCAUGAGGACUAUAGACAAUACUUUAACUUGUGUUUCCAGAUAAGAGAGGUUUGGGGGUUUCUUUCUAUGAAAGUAUCUCUGACUGAAUCCACCCUCACUGAAUGAACUGCUCCAUUUUGAAUAGGGAAAGAAGGGAUAUCCCAAGAUGUUGCAGGUGAUGUCUGAGCAAGAUACAUAUUUGGGUUUUAUCACAUUGCCACAUUUUUAAAACCAUAUUUUUAUCUCCAUUCUUCUAGAUUUCUUUCGUGUACCUUUCUCUAGGUCUAUAAAUAGAAGGAAAAUUUAGAACUUUCAUAUUGUGCACUAGUUUUGCAAAAAGAACUGCAGCUGCCAAAUAAUAUUUCCCAUUUAGUUAGUAUAGGUGAUGUCUGUGUAUUCAAUUAAAAAUGACAAAUAUCACUAACCACUAUAAUUAUUUUUGGCUUUUUUCAGCCAUUGAAACAUCUCGCCCACAUACACUUUUUUUAAAUACAGGAAAACUAUUUAAUGAGGGAAUGCACUGCUUCCAGGUAAACGAUAUAAUCACCUUUUCUUUAACAAAUAUUUUCUUCACCUGUGGCUUGGUGUGUUUAAUUAAUAACUGACAUAUAAUUUCAUAGCAUAAAGUAAAAAUAUCACAUACACAUUUUAUCUCAUAUUAAAUACUUGGAUUUAGUCAAAUUAAAAUGCACCUGUGAACAUUAGAAGGAGGGCUUAAUCUCUGACAACAUUAUUAAUUUCUCUUGCCACAGCAAUGCUAUUUAGAAACUGGUUAGGUAUAUGAAUAUUAUAAUAAUAGUUUGGGUUCUCUCUUGAUAAAGAAUAAAAGGCUUGAUUCUGAGAAUGGUCAGAUUUCCUAAAAUUAUUUUAAAUCCACUGAAAUUUUGUUUUGGUAAUUAAUGGUUUUUGAGAAGUGGACCAGGUAUCAGCUUAACAAAAAAGUUUUAGAACAGAAUUUAAGUUCUUGAUUAUCAUCAUUUGUCCAUCUAUAUGGUUAUCAUAAUCAAAUACAUGAUUACAGAGUGAUUAUUUUUUUAGUACUGCCAUUUGUAAUCACCACAACCUUGAGUCCAAGCUAGAGAUCAUAAAUCAGUUAAAAUAUUUUCUUAGCCCUACAGGUAACAUUCUAACUCUAAUUCAGUACUAUAAUUAAAUUCUAUUUGCAGUGUUUAACUGAAAAUGGAAGUAAAAUUAUAAUUUUUUCUUCUGUAAUCCAUUUUAUAGUUAAUAAUACCAAGUUUGAAUUGAUGUCCCAAAGUCCAGGUAGAGUUGAAGGUGAUGUGUGUCUUGAAUACUGGUAAUGAGGAACUGGCUGAAACUGAAGAAAACAGGAUGCUGUCAAAUAUUAUGGGCUAGGAUAUAAUGAACGCCAGGGGAGUGGUUACUCAGGAACUAGUUAAAGAGUAAGCUUAAGGCCCAUUUUCCCUCCUUUCACUGUAUUUCAGGUAUUUUAUUGGAAAAUGUUAGGCUAAAGACCUGAGGAAUUUAGCAAAUGCUAUUGACUGUGAAAUUUGCUUUAUAUCUUCUGAUAAUUUUGUUUGGUUGUUACAAUCAAGCCUACUGCUUGCAAUUAAGAUUAUCAAUCAGAAAUGCAUCUGUGAUUCCCAGCCACAUAGGUCCUUAUUGCCAUUAUUUUUAAGAAUCUAACUUUAUUGGAAAUUAGUAGACUUUUGCAUAUGGUCUCUUACCUCAGGGAAGAUCACUUGCUAGCAACUCAUAUACUACUAGUGAUAGGUUUCUGGGAAUCGUACUGACAUUACAUGUUAGCAACUAAAUGCAAAGUUUGUAACAGUAUUAUUUUAUGUAGUUAAAUAACCACUACUACUAACUGACUGCUAAUGAACAUUUCUCUAAAAAAUUUAGACCUCACUAAUAACUAACCUUUAAGUAUGAAAAAAACCUGUUACUUCUAUCUUUAAUUAUGCUUUGGUCAAUGUGACAAUAUCAUAAAGUGUUUAUUUCAGAAUAUCAAACCAUUUUGUCAUUUUUCAACAGGAAUUUUAAUUGGCCCAUAUUUAAAAUACUGCAGAGCAGAUUUUGAGAGUUUCAUGGUUCUCAAAAACUAGGUUUCCAUAUUAAGAUUUUCAUAAAAGCCUUUGCAAAAUCGGAUUAAACUCCACUCAUCUUAAUAUGAGUUUAAAAUGAUCUUUUAUAACAGUAGUAGUGAAAUACAUACUCUAAGUAAAUUAGGGUAGAUAUAGCCUACAUUUCAAGGUUAUCAUAAAAUUUAACAAAAUUGUAUAACCUCAAGGCUCUUCACAAUGUAAGAAAUUUUUCACACCAGAGCUAUUCACUUGAAAACAUACCAUAGUAGAAUGUUUACUUAAGAAAUAACAAAAGGGGAGCUUUAUCACCAAUGUAAAAUUUAUAGUUAAUUGUAAGUUCUGCCAUUCUUAAUAAUUCUUUGAGAUGCUUAAUGUUUCAAUUCAUAUUUAUUUAAUGAUACUUAAAUCGUGGGAAUUUUAACGUUUGUUCCAAAAUAGCAGAAAUUGUAAAAAUUGUGAAUUACUGGAGAAAAUGACAUUACUUGUAUAUCUGACAUUUAAUUUUUUAAAUUAUGGAGUCUACAUGCUUUUGUAGUAUAAUACUACUACAAUGAUUAUUCUCUUGUAAAAGAAAAGGAAAACUAGUAAAAAAAAGUUUUAGUUGAUGUUAUCUGCUUGUGAGUAUCAAUUACUUAGUAUUUAAAAUUUUAAGGUAUUGCCUACUUUUCUUUAGGAUGCACAAAUCCCUUCCUGAGCCUUUAUGCCUGUGGUAGAGCAAUAAAAGACUAAAAAGGUUGUCAGUAUUUUCAGAUUUAUUUGACUGAGAAUUAGUGCCAAGAGCUUGAGAGUCUAAUUUUUGGAGAGAAAUGUUAUUUAGAAUAUGUAAAAAUAAGUGUAAGAGUGUAAAUAUUUAGAAAAGAUUAAAUAGCAAGUGCUUUAACUGCUAAAUAAAAUAGUAUAGAUGUUACAUCAUCCCUAAGGCACUGGCUGUUAUCUGUUAUUUUCUGAUAUUGUGAUUGCUGUAUAUAUUACAUUUGAGUAAUAAAUAAUUGGUAAUAGUGUAUUAUACCCCUGUUCUACAAUACCUGUCACUGUAUAGUAUGUGAAGCUUUAUAUGAGUAAUAAAACUAUAAGUUAAUAGAUACUGAUUUCCCCCUCAACUUCUCCACAUCAGCUUUUAAAUUUUUAUUCUUUAGUUUCCUGUAAUUAUACCUUAAUAUUAUAACGCAUGAAAAUGCAGUUCAACUUUACAAAGGAAUUCUUAGUGUAACAAAGUUUUUUUUAAAAACUUCCUUCAGUGGGAUAUCAUACAGGAACAGUGAUUUCUCCCCUUAAUGCAGAUUUCAAUGCAAAUGAAAUGGACCCAAUUAGAAAAGGAUAAGCAAAAUUUCCUUAGAUAUAUUAUAUAAUUGGGUCAUGUGAUGCUUACUGAAUAUUUAAAGACAAAACAAAGACGUUCUAAUAAAGAGAGAACUUGUUUUUGUGCUGUUUUUAAAAAAAUGCUGCUGAGAGAAUGAUGAACUAUAGAAAACAGUACUAAAUUACAUUGGUAUAGCUUAGCAAUCAACACGACUGAUACUUUUAAGUUUUAAUGUAUAUACUUAAUGUCUAUUUUGUUAGAAUAGAUUGUUUAACUUAGUGGUCGGAGAGUAGCCUCAGACUUAAUAGAUCUGAGUCCUGUCACCCUGCUUACUAUGUGACCAUGUGACACUUUCCUCUCUGGGAAGAUAAUGACAUCUACUCGCGGAGUGAUGAUUAAAUCAGUUAACACAUAUCAGAUAAUUAGAACAAUGCCUGACAUACAGUAAACCCUAAAAUGUUUGCUAUUAUUGUAUUAUACAUCAAAAUAAUUCAGUAGAGCUCAGUUGCCAUGUAAGUGGGAUAAAUCAUACAUAGGGCAUAUAUUAUUUAAAUAAUUCAUUUUGUUAUGUUAAAACUUGCUUUAUUUGUGGUAUAUAAUUUAUGAGCUAAAAACUGAAUGGAUGUAUGUUCAAAUAUUUAUGCAAGCGCUUUAUGACCACAUGCAACAUUGAAAAUCUGGAGAACUGAGUUUGUGCUCUGCGGCUAACUUAUUCUGUGACCUAAGGCAAGUCAUGGAGCCUUUCAAGACCUCCAUUUCUACUAUGACUUGUUUCACAGUUGUUAUCCUCUUGUUCUGACCACGUCAUCAUGGUCUCACUUGCUGAAGGCAUAGUGCUGAUGAUGGGACAAAUGACAUGGGUAUGAGCCCCAAGUAAAUGACAUAAUUAGGUUUGCUUUGUGAUUUGGCUGCACUUGUCCCAGACUUGGACUUUAGUUCUUGUACAUGCAUGUCACUGGUCACAUACAGUUUGGAGCUCUUAAAACCUUCAGUUAGUAAGACAAACAUCCUAUUAUGACAGCUCAGUAUGAAUUUCAUUUUUAUUAACUGGCUUUUUCAGACCCCAGUAGCUGCAAUUCUAACUGCAUAGUUGAUUGUUUCUAAUCAUUAAAAAUGUAUAUAGAAAAACUGAAGUAAGCCUUUAAUUGAUUUCCUGAACUGUAUAUGGUAUACUGAGGUGAAAAACUUACAGGCUCUUCAAACUCAUACUCUUUCGUCGUUGGAACUAAACUUAUCUUUGGUGCAUUUAUCAUACUACAUAAUUCUUUAUCUAAAAACAUAAAUAGUGUGAGAAUCUGGGGGGAUUAUUCCUGUUUGUCAGUUCUAUGUACAGAAAGAAACAUGGAUAGUAUGAGGCCUACCUAUAUAAAACAAUGACUUCUUAUUUUUAUAUUUGAUUUAUGUGAUCAACAUAUGAGACUUGAAUCCUUCAUUCAUUUAAAACUAUUAAGCACUGGUCAAAUGCCAAGCUUCUGUUGUGGGAACUGGGGAGACCACUCUAAAUGAGACAAAUUCCAUGUGGCUCUUAGAGCUUACAUCCCAAUGAUGGAGAUAGAAAUACACACCAGUAUAAGAACUAUCAUUUAGUGACCCUUUCCCUAUAUCCAGGCAAUAGGCAAAACACAACAUGCAAUAAUUAGUUUAACCCUCAAAACAACUCUUUGUGGUUGGGUACCAUAAUUUUCUUCAUCUUUCAGGAAAAGUAAUAACAGAUUGGCAGUAGGAAGUGAAUUCCAUUUUUGGACAUGCUGAAUUUUGGGUGUUUAGUGCUUCCAGCAGGAGAGAAAUGGAAUUCAGGAGAGAGGUGCAGGUUGGAAAUAAAGAUCUGUGAAUCAUAGGAUAUGACUGUAAUCAUAGGAGUGGAUGUGAUUGCCUGGAAAGAGAGUGUAGAAUGAGAAGAGAGCUAAAAAUGCAAUUUUAGGGAAUGCCAACAUUUUUAAGGUGCAGGCAGAAGCAAAGGCUUGCAAAGGAAUUUGAGGGAUGGAAAUCAUAGACAUUAUGUCACAGAAAACAAGGGAUGAAAGUUUCAAAUAAAAGGAAGUAAUGAAGUAAAAUGCUAUAGAAAGUUCAGGUAAAACGAAGAUUGACUUCUUUCUUCAAGUGUCCAUCGGAUUUAACAGGGUUUGGUGACUUUUACAGUCACAAUUUCCAUGGCAUGGUUGUGCUAAAGGUUAGAUAAUUGGGUAGUGAAGUCAAGACACCUUUGAGAAGUCUGACUGAGAGAGAAGAAGAGAAGACAGAAGAUACAGGGUUAUGGGAGGGAUGGAUGGAUGAAUAUAUUCCAUGGAUCACUAUUUUCAACCCUGCUGGAGCCAAUAUCCCCCUUUUAUAACAAUAUAUUCCAGUCCUUAUUUAUACCCUAAUAAAAUAAAAUUCAUAAAUAACUUACAAUUUAAAAAAUCAAUGUAAUGCUCUAACUAUAAUAUGGAGGCGAAACAUAAGCGAUUUAUAAUAACCCCCCCCCCCUCAAGCAUAACUAAGCCAACUGACAUUUAUACAUAGAUCACCAUGAAUUCAAUAGUAACAAAUACACAUAUCGGUGGGUGGUAUUAGUGUCUUGAAAUCUUGAGCUAUGUUACCUUCAGUGAUGUGAUUUUCUAAAACAGGGAAACAACUCUUGGUCAAGUCUGAACAAAAUAAUAUACAAUCUUCACCUGGUUUACACAGUAGUUGUCUUUCCGAAAAUAUUCAAUGUAUUCUAAAACAGUGCAAAACCAACACUUGUGCACUUGUGUUUUUAAGUAAAAAGGAGUUGGUUCUAGGCUUAAAUAAUUACCAUCAGGUUUCUCACUUACAUUACUGUCUGGUUGAACUUUGAAUGGAACUCAAUGUUAUUCUUCCUUGUGCAGGACUAAGACAUAUCAAAAGUCUCAUGUUCCUAGACCUGGCACUGUAAAUGGCAGGAAUGACCUUCAAUAACCACAGAUUCCCCUAAAAUUUUCCAAAUUCACUGUUCCCUUUGGAAAUGUCUCAAUGUGCUAGGCCAGAGGAGAAGAGGAGGCUGAAAAAAAGAAUUUAUUCCCUAGUUAAGUCGAAGGUGAUUAAAUUGAGAAUAGAGGUAGAAAACAGGAUUUAAGAGGAGAAGCACACACACUCAUAUCUUGGCAGAUGUCAUGUUUCCCACAGAUGAGUGAUAAUCCUGCAUUAAGGAUUUUGUGGUAUGUGGGUAAAUUCACUCUUUUUCAAUGCCCUGAAUACCCUCUCCCUUAACUUGGAGUUCCUAUCUUUCAUUUUAAACCCUCAGUUAGUAAGGCUAAACUUUGGACAUUAAGAGAGAUUACUUUUUGAAGAGAAAGGCCUAUUUUCAUUAUGACAGGCCAACAUUAUUUCUGACCGGCCAACAUGAACAUUUCAGAAAAGGUUAUUAGUUUCCUAUUCCUAUUAUUGUAUUACUGCUGCUAUAACAAGUUACCACAAACGUAGGGGCUUAAAAUAACACAAACAUUAUUCUAAGGUUCUGGAGGUCAGAAGUGCAAACAAGAUCUCCCUGGGCUACGAUCAAGGUGUCAACAGGGCUGUGUUGUUUCCUGGAGCCUCUAGAGGAGAAUCUGUUUUCUUGCCUCUCUAGCUCCUGGAGGCUGCCUGCAUUCUUUGGCUCACGACCCCUUCUCCUUCAUUUUCAAAUUUAACAGUAUAGCAUCCUGGAUCUCUCUCAGACUCUUCUGCUUCCAGCUGUCACUCUUAGGGACUCUUGUGAUUACGUUAGGUCCACUUAGAUAUUCCAAACUCACCAUGUUGAGAACCUUAAUUUAAUCACAUCUGCAAAGUCCCUUUUGCCAUUAAGGUAAUAUAUUCACAGGUUCUGGGGGUUAGGAUGUGGACAUAUUUGGGAGGGGCAUUAUUCUAUCUACCACAAAAGGGUAGAGCAAAGAAUACUGGGUUGAAAUAGGGACACUUUAAAAUAUUUUUUUUCUUUUAGUUUUUUUUUCUCCAUUUGCAGCUCUGCCACCCUUAUUUUGCCUUUAAAAGCCAAACUAAGACUUCUAUAGCUGCUUAUGUUAGUAUGGUUUCUAUGUAUAAUUUCCAUCAUAUCUAAAAUAGCACCCUAAAUGUAAAAGAAGAAAUUAGCAAAAUAUAUUGGUGGUGGAAGAGAGAGGUUGGCCCAUACAUUUAUGUAGUCAAGAUAAGAGUUCUAAAGCUGAUUUUGGUUUUCAUACUGAAUACAUAAUAUAUGGUUUCAUUAUUUCUGCCAAAGCAUAUUUCUUUAGCAUUAUCAAUAUUGAGACAAGCUUAUAUACCAUAUUUGUGCUAUUUCCUUCUAGGAUUUUCAGCAACUUUUAGAGUUUAGCAUCAACUAAUAUUUUCUAAUUAAAAAAGAAACAUAGAAAUUCAUGCUUCAAAAUAAAUCAGUACAAAGAUAUGUAUGGUAAAAAGUUAAAGCCUGCCCUGCUCCCAACUCAUUUCUUUCUCCAAAGUAAAACACUGCUCCACAGUUUGGUGUGUAUUCCAUAGAUCAUUUUCUAGACUAUUAGACACACAACCACGUACAAACAGACCCUGACUUUCUGUUUAUGUAAAAGACAUCACACAAAUCAUACAGUUCUGCUGCUAGCGCUCUGCACUACACCAUGCUAUCUCUACACUACAGCUACACUAUACUUACAGUUGAAUACUCACAGAUAUUAAGGUAGUAGAGUGAGAGGUUGGGUUCUAAUUCAAAUAUUGGUUCUGCCACUGUAGGCCCUUGGACAAGUUAACCUUUUGGUGCCCAAGUUUCUUCACUUAUAACGUAGAUGAAAAUAAUGGUACUCACCUCACAGAGCUGUUACAAUUAUAGAAGUUUUGAAUAUUACCUGAGACUAAUGCAUGUGAAGCACCUAGAAAGGUCUAGUAAUAUAAUAGCUAUUUACUGGCAUUGCCUUAAUAGUACACGAUUUUUACUGGCUAUAUAAUUGUUCUUUCCUGCUGAUGAACCAUUUAAACUAGUCUUAAAAUAUGAAUUUGUCCAAAUUGGGUUUCUAAUGGAAUACACUACUAUAAGAUUUGAAGCACAUCUUUUUUGCUUGUAUUGAAUUACAUUCUAAAGCUAAAUUUUUGUCAAAGGCUGCACACAUAUAUAUGUCUUGUGCUAUGUAUUGCUUUCCAAAAGGGUUAUACCAGUUUCAAUACUAACAACAAGGAAUUAUUCAAACUUUGUUGGCAGGAUUUAGAAAAAUUUUGCUAUCUUAAGAGUCAUAAAAUGGUAUUUCAACUCUACUUUAAUUUGUACUUUUUGUGUCCUUGUGAGCAUAAAUAUUUAUUCGUGUACUUAUUUAUGUUUGCCUUUUUUCAUUCAUUCUACAGUUAUUGUAUUUAUUGAGCAUCUAGGUGUAUCACUAUUCUAGGGACUGGAGCUCAAGCAAUACGUAGAACAAAAAAUCUACUUAAGGGAAUGAUUGAUACAGCUCUAUUAAAACUAUAGUCUAUUAGGUACUAUAUUAAACAAGCAUAAACUUUUCAAACUAACAUUAGCAAACCUUGGGGGUAUUUGGCCUUUGCCCGAGGAGAAGUAGGUGUACCAAUGUGAAGGAUGAGCAUGGUGCAGCUUCAAUCCAUUUAUGUAAUAAUAAUGAGGCAAUUUACUUAAAGAUUUAGGAUAAGAAAGUAAAUUAAUACAUAAUUAAAAAUCAUUUUAUAAUUAAAAAUGUGACUAUACCUGUCAUGGAGUAGAAAGAAAAUUUUAUAUUAAGUUUUUAAAAUAAGACGGUUUUCAAAGAAACUUCCAGCACCUGUCCCCAAUCCCUGUCUCUCUUUGGCAUUCAGUCCCCUAUACUUCUGUGGAAAGACUUGAGAAGCAUUAAUAGACUAUUUAAAACUAACUCAGGGGUUGAGGAGUAAAUGUGUAACAAGAAAAAGAAUGUUCCUUGUUUUCAGUGUUUGUUGAUUACAAUUAAAGCCACUACAAA